GCCGAAGUCGUUUUUGUCUUCCUCGAUCCUUUGGAUGACUCGAAAAAAUACAUGCCGUCAGGUUAACCGCCAACUUUUCCUCCGAGCUGGAUUCGCAAUUGCACCAUUCUUUAUGUCUUGGGCUCGCUGUAUUUGGUAGGUGAAGCAUACAUGGACUUUCUACUACCUAUACAAUAUUCCUUACUACAUUACUCUUUUCGACCCUUCAUAUAAGCAGAGCAGGGAAAAAAAAAGGAAAAAGGAAAAACAGUAAGCAGAGGCAUAGGGAUGGUGCUUUCUGCCCGCUCAUUCUUCUACCUACGCCACUUUCGUCUAGUGUAACCCUUCCCAGCACAAAGAUGGAGUCCGUUACCACUCCCCGGACCUCCAAUGAGUCUCCGGUAGCCGCCUCCGCCGCGGCCGCGGCCGCCAAGCCCAAGAAUCUGGAGAAGAAGAAGGCGGCAUUGGCGCACGAGAGGAUCUCGUAUCCCUUCUGGUUCGGAGGCAGCGCGAGCAGCUUCGCCGCGUGCGUCACCCACCCGCUCGAUCUCGUCAAGGUGCGGCUGCAACUGCGGUCCGGCGACGCCCCUAAGAACAUGAGCGGGACCUUCAUGCACAUCGUGCGAUCGCAAGGGAUCCUAGGUCUCUAUAAUGGGCUGACGGCAUCGCUCCUCCGCCAAAUGACGUACUCGACGGUGCGUUUCGGCGUAUACGAGGAGCUCAAGCGACGGUCGACGCCCGAAGGCACGAAGCCGUCCCUCCCGCUCCUCAUCGGGCUCUCCACCUUCUCCGGUUUCCUCGGCGGCAUAUCGGGCAACGCGGCCGACGUCACCAACGUGCGGAUGCAGCAAGACUCGGCGCUCCCGCCCGCCCAGCGGAGGGGGUACAAGCACGGACUAGACGGUAUGUUCCGCAUGCUGCGCGAGGAGGGCGUGAAGAGUUGGUUCCGUGGCGUGCUACCCAACAGCACGCGCGCCGCGCUCAUGAACGCCAGCCAGCUGGCCAGCUACGACACGUUCAAAGCCUUCCUGAUCACGUACACGCCCCUCGGCGACACCACCACGACGCACUUUGCUAGCUCGCUGCUCGCCGGCUUCGUAGCCACCACGGUAUGCUCCCCCGUCGACGUCAUCAAGAGCCGGGUGAUGAGCACGAGCCACGAACAAGGGAUCGCCCAUCUGCUGCGCGAGAUCUACGCCAAGGAGGGCGUGACGUGGAUGUUCAAAGGAUGGGUGCCGGCCUUUUUGAGGUUGGGACCACAAACGAUAUGUACAUUCUUAUUCCUAGAGGCGCACCGCAAAGGCUACAGAAAACUCAAGGGGCUCGAAGACUGAGCGGAGCUUGAAUAAUACUUACUUGCUUACAGACCAGCUCUCCAUACAGCACUGAUAGAAAGGACUGGAUAUAGAGAUUAUACCUUGGAAAGACGGCGUUUUCAGAAUGGGUUUUCUGCAUGACCACAGGCGUUUGGGCGGCAUGAUACUCUUACAGUUGGAUAAAUAGUAGAAUAAGCAAAUAAACCU